GUGGGGCGAGGCCGCUCCACCGGCCCUCCGCGCCCAGCUGCAGCCUGCAGGGACUGGUGGGGUCCGGGCGCGGGCGGCCGGGCGGAGUCCUGAACACCCGCAGGACUGAGCUGCUGACCACGCCCCUUCAAAUUCCUCUUAAGUACUCUCACCCCCUGACCUUUGGAGGACAAAGACUAGGGUGCUUGUGAAAAUAAUUUUCACUCCCAGUUAUAAGGGAGAAAGAUGGUCUCUCUCCCACCUCCAAGUUCCUUCUGUAGGCUUGAGUCGAGUUGUCUGUCAUCUUGGUGAUAACUGGAUGGAUGCCUAAAUGCUGUAGGGGGGAAAAACCAGAAGAACUUUCAGGAAAAAACCUGUGUCCAAAUUCAGAUAUGGCAGAAGUGAAGUCAGUGUUCCGGGAAGUUCUUCCAAAACAAGGGCAGUUGUCUAUGGAGGAUAUAAGCACAAUGGUCCUGUGUAAGCCUAAACUUUUACCCUUAAAAUCUCUGACUCUGGAAAAGCUGGAGAAAAUGCAGCAAGCAGCACAAGAUACAAUUCGUCAACAAGAAAUGGCAGAAAAGCAGCAGCAAGUAACUCACUGAAUAACUUACUUCUACAGAACUCCUAUUACUGAUUAAUAGCUAGAAAAUAAUCUGCAUCUGUAUGCUGAAAGUAUGUGUGUAAUAAAACUGAAAGUAUUCAUAUAAAUGUAAGAACACCCAAGAUUAAUAAAACUUGUAUUGUGGAUUUAAGCAUUGUGAUUUGCAUGAACACAAGCAAUUUAAAAAGCUUGAACCCCAAUUUUUUAAAACCCACUAUUAGAAUUGCAUAUUACUCAUCACUAUGCCGUUCCUACCAGUUUUAUAAAUAGGCCCAAAUGACUAAAAGCAACUUUGAUAUUCAGAGAGACUACAUACUUACUAAAAACUGAAUUCAAAGAUACAUUCUUAUGUAAAAUUUUUAAAACUUUUUCAUGAAUUUUGUGUCAUGUCACAUUUAAUGCUAUAUUGCCUGAUCAAUUGAUCAUAACACUGUUAUACUGAUUUUAAGGACUUAGUAAUUAAUACUUUUUCAGGUAUCAACUACAGCCCUGAAAAUGUAAAGUGAUAUGAAUAUGAACAUUUAAUUUGGAAUUCUAGGUAUAAAAAUCUACCUAAAUCUGUAUAGAUAUGUUCCUAAGUAUACCUUUGUAAAUUCUGAAUAUGUCUCUUGCUUGGUUUGCUGCAGUCAAUUCUAGACAAUUUACAUUGACAUAAAUCUUGAGGCCUUGCUGAGUAAAUUAGGGUCUGCAUGCCAAACAGUUUAGAAAGGUGAUCACUUAGAUAAAUGUUAUAGUGGUAGCUACUUCUUUCUCAGACACUGGAUAAUAUAAAACUUCAAACCUUUGAAGAAUACUCUUUAUAACAUUCUGUUACAGAAUUUAAGGAUGACGGUGUUAUGUGUAUUUUAGAAAUUAAGCUCUAGGUUAGAUCAAAAAACAAGUGUACAUUCAUUUUCCUUAGUAUUAUAUUGUACUUUUGAUUUGAAAGUUUACAAGGAACAAAGCUUAAAUUCACUAGUUCCAGUGUGAUUUAAAGUAUGCUAAGUAGAAAAAAGUUUAGGUGAUCUAAAAUAAAUAUACUCCCAAUAAAGAAUCAACACUGCUUCACA